AUGUCUAAACAAUCAAAACAAUCUACCAAACGUUCUGCCAGAUUGCUACAACGUACAAACAAACCAGAAUUAGAAUCAUUAGCCUAUAAUGAACCACAAGAGCAUCAAUUAUCUUUAUUGCCUCAGCCUUUAGUAUCUAUUGGAUUAAGUGAGCCAUCCAAAGUUCAGAAAGAUAUGACACCUUCGACACAAGAAAGUAAUGUUGAUACUAAUAGCUUACUUAGUGGAUUAAAAAAAAUUCGGCGAUCAAAGAGUGCCAAAUCACUUUUUGCUCAAAAUAAUAAGCGAGUUCGUGGUUACAAUAAGAAUAAGGUCCUUAACCUUCUUCUAAAUACUGAAGUUCAUUCUCCUGAAGUAAGUGAAACUGAUAAAGAUAGUCAGGAGAAAAAACGAAAAAUCAUUGUUUAUAACUAUGCAUGGCGUUCAUUAGAGGUAUUAGGAUUGAGAUCAAGCCAAAGCCGACCCCAAAAUUAUGAUGAUUCAAGAUUUUUUUAUCUUGUUAGUCGUCCUAAAGAUAUUCCAAGAUGGGCAUAUAUUACUUCUGAAUCUGAAAAUGAAAAGGUAUCUGAAACAAGCAUGAAAAGAAGGCGAGUAACUAAUUAUAAUAGGUCCAUAAUGUAUAGUAGGAAUAGCGAGCUUGAAACUGGUGAGUCAUCAACAAUUGAUAUGAUCCGGGGUGCUCUAAGUAAUAAUAGUGAUAAUGAAGAUGAUGAUAUCAAUGAGGAAGAUAUCAAUGAGGAAGAUAUUAAUGAUAGUUAA